GGACAGGAAGUGACCUGUGGUGGCGAGGAGAUGACGCAAAGACUUUGACUUUGCCUCUCCCGUCAUCGUCGCAUCCGACCUCUUCAUCUCCCGAUGCCUCGUACUUGUCGGUUGGGAGACAGCGACGCUCAGCAGGUAGGAUGACCAACCAGGCCGCAGUCAACCAGUCCAACGCCAACAAGGCCAAGGCAGGAGAUGAAAGUCAGCAGAAUGACGGCGCGGAGGUGGGCUACAAAGACGCCGGCCACUGCAGCCGCAACACUCACAGCCUCCUACUGGGCCUCACCGUCAUGGGUGUGGUGAUGGGAGCCGUUCUGGGCAUGUUGCUGCGCUACAUGAAGGUGACUGACAGCUCGGCCCUCACCAUGGUCUCCUUCCCCGGCGAGAUCCUCAUGAGGAUGCUCAAGAUGCUCAUCCUGCCCCUCAUCAUCUCCAGCCUCAUCACAGGUCUGGCCGGACUGGACGCUCGCUCCAGUGGCAGGAUGGGCAGCAGAGCCAUGGUGUACUACAUGAGCACCACCAUCAUCGCCGCCAUCUUGGGCGUCAUUCUGGUGAUCAGCAUCCACCCCGGCAACCCCAAGCUCAGGGGGGGCUCCGCCGCCUCCGCCCCUCCGAAGAACCAGGAAGUCAGCAGUCUGGAUGCCUUCCUGGACCUCAUCCGCAACCUCUUCCCAGAGAACCUGGUGCAGGCGUGCUUCCAGCAGGUGAUUUGGCGGACUCCGUCUGUUUGCUCACAUUCUGCCGAUGACGCUUGUAACCGAUGUCAAACUUUGCGACCGAAGGUCCAGACGGUGUUGAAACAGGCGGCGGUGACGGCCACAAACCAAACGGAACCAAUUGUCGUCAGCAGAAAAAAACUGGAGUACAAAUGGGGCAUGAACGUCCUCGGCUUGAUCGGCUUCUUCAUCACCUUCGGCAUCUGCAUGGGCCGGAUGGGCGAGCGUGGCAAAGUCAUGUGCGACUUCUUCAACGUCCUCAAUGAGAUCAUCAUGACCAUGGUGUCCAUGAUCAUGUGGUAUUCCCCGGUGGGCAUCGCCUCGCUGAUUGCGGGUAAGAUUGCAGCCAUCGGCAACCUGGAGGUGGUGGCGCGGCAGUUAGGCAUGUAUAUGGUGACCGUCAUGGUGGGCCUGCUCAUACACGGUGGCCUUAUCCUGCCCGCCAUCUUCUUCGCCAUCACCCGCAAGAGUCCCUUCACCUUCUACUCGGGCAUCUUCCAGGCCUGGAUCACCGCACUGGGCACGGCCAGCAGCGCCGGGACCUUGCCGGUCACGUUUCGCUGCCUGGAGGAGAACCUGAAGAUCGAUAAGCGCGUGACCCGAUUCGUGCUGCCCAUCGGCGCCACCAUCAACAUGGAUGGCACGGCGCUCUACGAGGCCGUGGCGGCCAUCUUCAUCGCGCAGAUGAACGACAUCACGCUGGACGGCGGCCAGAUCAUCACAGUCAGCAUGACGGCCACCCUGGCCAGCGUGGGAGCGGCCAGCAUUCCGAGUGCCGGAUUGGUCACCAUGCUGCUGAUCCUGACGGCCGUGGGCCUCCCCACGCAGGACAUCAGUCUGCUCAUCGCCGUCGACUGGCUGCUCGAUCGGAUGCGCACCUCCAUCAACGUUGUGGGCGACUCGUUUGGGGCCGGCAUCGUGGACCACUUGUCCAAAGCUGAGCUUCAGGAAAUAGACGCGGCCGAAAUGCAAAUUCUCACGGUGGAGGAGGAACUGGAUUUCAUCCCGCCGCCGCCCAUUCUGACCGAGAUGGACCCGCUCAAGCCGCCCGAGCUGCCCCCCCGCUCGCCCCGCCCUCCCAAGCAGAACCACCACAGCCACGUCCUGUCCCAGUCCCACUCGCUCACCUACUCGCCGUCCCGUUCUAUCCGCUCCCCGUCGCCGCGCUCUAUCCGUUCGCCCUCCCCGCGUUCUGUGUGCUCCCACUCCCACUCCCCUCGGCCUUUCCGCGCCCACUCGCCUCGCCUUCUCUGCAGGACGGAGCCGGGCUACUGUGCCCUGCCCAGCCACGACACCCAGCUACCCACCUUGCCCCAGUGCUACCGCGACCGACUGCACAGAGAGAGCGAGACGGAGGAGGAGGAAGAGCGAGAACGGGAACGCGUCCUGGGCGAGCCCAGCGACGGCGAAGAGAGCGACGACACCGCCUACGACCGUCGACACGCCAUCCUACCGUGUGACCUACCGUGACAACAACAGCCAACGUCCGCGUGUUUCAAUUUGUGUUACAGUCAAAAGCAAUUGUCAUUUGAUGUUCAAAUUAUUAAAUUCAUUCAUC